AGGAAACGAAGCCUAAAACAGACCAGGGAGGAGCCUCCUGCUGAAGGACACGGCUUUAGCAUUGAGAAUAAUUCCACCCACGGCCUCACGGAUCACCAGCUCCUGCAGACUCCGAGAUGUCCCCUCAGCCCCCCGACUCAGGAGACCGACAUCUCAGCCUGGAGCCUUUCACACUCCCCGCGCUGCUCAGGCUGAGCUGAGGGUCCCUCUGCUUCGCCCGGUGCCACGAGCUAUGAACAGGCAGAGCAAUAGAAGGCCAAUGACAGAAGGAUCCAGUGAUCUGAACUUCGCUCUGCGGAAAAAUAGGUCAUUGCCUCGAGUCAGCAGCGCCGCAGGCCGGCUCCAGCCCAUCCACGAGCCUUCCCUGGACUGCGAAAGGAACUUCCCCGCAGUCCCGGAUGGAGCAGAGGGCCCUGAGGAUGACGACUAUGAAGACCCCAAUGUUCACGUGGAAGAGGGUUGGCAGUGGAUGAAAAUCCUGCCUGCCCGGCCUAUCAAGGAAUCUGAAUAUGCAGAUACACGCUGUUUCAAGGGGAUGAUGGACACUCCCCUUUCCUUAGGUGCCAGGAUUCCUAUCCCUGCCGAGAGGCAAGCUUGGGCCACACAGAUGAGGCUGGAAGAAGUGGACAAACCCACUGCUAAGGACAUCAGAAGCCAACAUGCUAAAGGAGACAAGCCCUCUACAAGAAACAAGACUCCCUUACCACCUCCUCGGCUGCCUGUUGUCAUUAUUCCAAAGAAGUACCAGCCGCUGCCCCCGGAGCCAGAGGGCGACGUGUCCCCCUCCCCGCAGAGGCACCCCUUCCCCGAAGUCCAGAGGGGGCCCAGACAGAUAACCUUAAAGAACUUAAAUGAGGUCCUUGGAGCAGAGAAAGCUCCUCAUCCCCUGAUGAAGCCGGAAUCCUCUCACAGGACCCCAAACCAAAGCGCUCCAGAAAUCCCUCUUGCUGUUGCCAGCGCUUCGUUCAUGAUGAGCAACCACAGUAUGCAAAGCAGAGAUCAUAAAGAAAGCACGCAGUCCCACCCUCCUCAGCGAUGUCAGGCUCCAGCCAGCUGCGGGCCUCGCGAAGAUGCUCUUCACUAUAAAAACAUGAACUGGAGGAAACCUUGCCCCACAAGGUCUGAUGAAGAGGAGGCCCAGCACGGCGAAUGGUACGUUGGAGAGUACAGUCGCCAGGAGGUGGAAGAGGCCUUGAUGAAGGAGAACAAGGACGGCAUGUUCCUGGUCCGAGACUGCUCGGCGAAGUCCUGCACAGAACCCUACGUGCUGGUGGUGUUUCAUGGGAACAGAGUCUACAACGUGAAAAUCCGCUUCCUGGAGAGGAAUCGGCAGUUUGCUCUGGGGACGGGACUCCGCGGAGACGAAAAGUUUGACUCGGUGGAAGACAUCAUUGAACACUACAAGUAUUUUCCUAUUGUGCUGAUUGACGGGAAAGAUCAAACCCGGGCCCACAGGGAGCAAUGCUACCUGACGCGGCCCCUCCCUCUCAACAGACUCUCCUCGCCUUGGUAGCCUGAUCUGCUUACCUUCAGUUCACAGGAUCCCAGACCUCUAUUAUUUUUCACCUCUUUCCAAAAAUUCUUCUUCUGGGGUUUUAAGGGAUUACAUCUUAGACUUCAAAGAAAAGAAAAACGUUCUAUAAUGGAAAUUGGAAACUCAACCAUGGUUUUUGAAAUCUCAGACCACAGAAUAUGUAUAAGAUGCAUAAAUCAAAACUAGUUUUUCAAAAAUAUGUUCUAAAGAAAAAAACUGUAAAGACGGUCAUUGUGCCAUGUUACAGAUGAGCAACAGAGGUUACAAGAAACUAUCGCUGGGAUGUUUGCAGCUGGCACAUGGCGAGUUUGGGGGAGACCCCCAAAUCUAUGCUCUUCCAGGACCUCGUGCGGCCUUGUUUACUUCAGAAAUGUUUGGACUUGUGAAUUUACAAUGUUUUCAGGAUUCCUUAUGCUGAGGAGUUAGUGAAUGUCAGCUCUAUUUUAUUUGUGAUCCUGGAAAUUCAGUUACAGAGAAGCAAUAUGGCAGGAAAACAAGAGAGAGCACUUGUGAGUAUCGCUUGAAAGAUAGAAAUCAGAAAUGCAUUCCCUGUGGUAUGAAAUGGCCAGCUCCAGUGUACUCUGCUGAGAGUCGCUGUAAGACGAAUGGAAUUAGGCGUUUCCUAGUAAGGGCGUAAGCUUACGCCUGAGGGAAGGUAUAGUUAUUCUUACAAGUCCAACUGUGGACUUCCAUUCGAAGGAAGGGCAGGCCUCACAUUAGCGUUAUGUUGCGGGAACAUUGCACUGUCCCUGCUCAAGGCCAGGAGGAUGUACUUUCAUUCAACAGAAGAAGAGAGCCAGGAUUUUUAUCCUUUCUUGCCUGGCUCCCUCCAAGCACAUCUUCCCAGGUACAUUUCCUGCCCUGUGAAAUUUUACAGAGAGAGAGAGAGAAAAAUGAUUUGAAAGUACAGAGUUACCUACCUUAAAAUAUAUCAAUAAGUAAACUCUUGUAGUGACAUUUAAAAAAAUAAAGAGAGUCCUAGUUGGAAUGAAUAGUACACAAGGACUUCAAAUGUUACCAAAGCCUGCAUGUGAAAGUUAUAGACUAUGUCAUUGUAGCUAGAAGUAAAACCAAAAUAGAAUGAAAAGGCAAGGGAUAGCAAGGAAAAUACUACACACAAUGCCCAGGAUUCUCUCUCGUCCAAAAUAGCAGGCAGUGAGCACUGGGAGCAUUUGCCAACCAGCGGAACAGGUGCCUGGCUCUGACCUUCCACAAGGUCAAUGUGAGGUCACGCCUCUAGGACAGACCAGGAGCAUUUGAUGCAGAAGCUCUUUGUAAAGUUGGAACUUUUUAAAAAAUAUUUUCAUUGAUUUCAGAGAGGAAGGGAGAUGGGCGAGAGAUAGAAACAUCAAUGAUGAGAGAGAAUCAUUGAUUGGCUGCCUCCUGCACGCCCUAUACUAGGGAUCAAGCCGGCAACCAGAGCAUGUGCCCUGACUGGGAAUCGAACUGUAACCUCCUGGUUCAUAAGUUGAUGCUCAAUUACUGAGCCUCACCAGCCAGGCAAGUUGGAACUCUUGAUGCCCACCUGAGCCUGUCUUAGAUGUGCCUGCACAGGGUAACAUGGGAACCAAGAGACAAGAGUGUAUACAUUGGAGCCUGGCUACUAAGGAGCAGACUGAUGAGAGCUGAAGGCAGUAUGGGGGCUCAUCACGCUCACCUGGGCUUCAGCAAACCCCAGCUAGUGUGGAAGCGGGCUCUGCAGAGAGUCCAUGGUGGGGAGAAUCUACGCCUCACUCUAAAAAGCCAUUGGCAGGUUUUACCAAGACCUCCAAUUCACCUACCACAAGGCCCUGCCAUUCCAUGCUGUGUUCUCAAGAAAUGUUUCUGAGUCUCUGCAAGCACUGCUCUUGUUAAAAUAAAUGAACAUCAGGUGGUGGUAGCAUUUUUAUGAAGCUUAUGGGUUUUUUAAAUGCUUUAUCACCUCUUAUUCAGAAAUUCAUGAUAUGAUGCUAUGAGGAAAAGGAAUCGACCAUCUUAAAAUAAAAUGCUCAUGAUACUUAACAUGUGAAAAAUCUUCAAAAAGAAGAUAUUGGCAGGGCUGGCUUAGAUGAUUGGGAUUUGAGGCAUGCUAGCUGGGAAUUUCUGGAACUCAGAUGCCAAGGCAGGAGUUAGAAGUGCAAACAUUUAGUGGAAGUAGUGCCUGUGAAAGAUAAGGGGGGAGAGAGAC